AUGGUUAUGCUGUUACAAGGUGUGGACCGGUGUUCGCCAGACACAAUAGAAGAUUUGCUUACCCUGGUGCGCUCAAUUACCGGAAGCACCAUGGACGUAUUUUGCGGUGAUUAUACAGAGAGUUCAGAUAAAUGCGACAAACUAGAGGCACCUCCAAAAAAGUUAAAAUCUCAACGACGGACCAAAUCGAGUAGAAAACUAGUUUUGACUCUGUUAACUACAACCUCAAUCAUUUACGGUUUGCCCGGUAAAUGUGAGAAGGGUUGGUUGAAAAGGUUUGACGCAAAAGUGGCCAGAUUAAUAACAAUUGGCAAUUCAGGGCGAAAGUUUCCGGAACGACGUGGCUCAGAUUUGAAAAAAUAUUGCGACGAGACUGAGAGAUUGGUAAGGGAAAUAGAAAAACAGCGAAACUUGUGCAUGGACAAUAUGCCCAAACAAAUAACCGGCGUUUUAAUAUAUUCGGCUAAAAAUACGAUUAAUCGGUUUUGCAAACGGGAUUCAAAACAACUGACUAAAUUGCUGGGUGCCGCUAAAUGCGCCAACACAGCAAAUACCCAGUUAUAUCCCUGCUUGGCAAACAAAGUACAAGGUGUCAAACAAUGCACAGUGGAUAGUGUGGACGCCAUGUUAACCUUAGUGCGUUCAACCGUCGGUAAUACUGUAGACGUAUUUUGUGGCGACUUUUCAGAGGGCUCCGAUAAAUGCGAGCAGCUAGAGCCGCACCCUAAGAAACUCAAAUCCCAGCGCCGGACGAAAUCAUUUGCAAUUGCUUUAAUCGAUGUGUUGAAGGGCUUUCCCGAAGUGGCCUAA